GGAGAAAUGGAUUUUGAGGAUCAAGAAGAGCAGGAAGAAGAGAUGGGUAUGGAGUCGCUGGGGAUAUCUCCCAGAGUGAAAAUGCCGACCUCCGCCGGUGCAGGAGAAGCUAUGGUGUUUCCUCAACCCACGAGGACUUAUUAUAACAAUAACAGCAAGGGAAGGUAUAGAGAGUGCUUGAAGAACCACGCGGUGAGUCUCGGGGGACACGCGCUUGACGGAUGUGGGGAGUUUAUGCCGGCCGGAGCCGAAGGCACACUCGACGCUCUCAAAUGUGCAGCCUGUAACUGCCACCGUAAUUUCCACCGCAAAGAGACCGAACCAUUUUUGUUAACCCCCCAUUACCACCACCAGCAGCCACCGCAGUUCGCGGCAGCUUAUUAUCGAGCGCCGGCGGGGUACUUACACGUGGCGGGGCAGCAUAGGGGAGGGCCGGGGACGCUGGCGUUGCCGUCUACGUCGGGAGGAGGUGGCGGGACACAGAGCACGAGAGACGAGCAGGACGACGACGCUUCGAACCCAAGCGGAGGAGGAGGGUCGUCGAAGAAGAGGUUCAGGACGAAGUUCACGCAGGAACAGAAGGAUAAAAUGCUGGAACUUGCAGAGAGAUUGGGAUGGCGGAUUCAGAAGCAAGACGAAGAGUUGGUCCAGCAAUUCUGUAACGAAGUCGGAGUGAAGCGUCAGGUUCUUAAGGUUUGGAUGCACAACAACAAGCACACUGUGGGUAAGAAGCCCUAGAAUAUUCUCAAUUAUAUAUGUUCGAUCUCCAUCGGUGUCUUGGCCAGAAGUUAGAAGUUGCAGACUGUGUGAGAAUUAAGUCUACUAUCUUAGGGUUUCAUUCUUCUUCAACUCAUUUCUUGUUGGGGAAAACCAAGGAUUCCACUUUAAUCUUUUGGUUGUGUGUUAGUGUUUGAAUUAAACAUGAAGUAUUUAC